AUGCAAGGCUCGAUUUUUCCAGCACGGUUUUCCCUCGGGCUCCACGCUCUCCCGCUGGUGCAGCCCCGGGUGGUUUGGGUGUGGAGCACCGCCAGCCUCCACCCGCUCAGGAUCCGGCCCUGGAAGCUGUCGAGUUGCAGUUACAGUUGGAGCAGGGCUUUCUUGGUGUCCCAUCUCUGCCCCCCUCUCCCGCCUCCGCCGACCCCCAGCUCCUCGCCCGGAGGAAGGGUGCGCGUAGCGUGCAUCUCCCAUCCACCGAAAUCUAUGAUCAGCUCGGUGUGUGUCUCCUCCUACCGUGGACGCAAGUCUGGGAACAAACCACCCUCCAAAACAUGCCUGAAGGAAGAGAUGGGCAAAGGGGAAGAGUCGGACAAGAUCACCAUCAAUGUAGGCGGCACCCGGCAUGAGACCUACAAAAGCACCCUACGGACUUUGCCGGGCACCCGCCUGGCCUGGCUCGCCGACCCCGAUGCCCAAAGCAACUUUGACUUUGAUGGUAAAAGCAAUGAGUUCUUCUUCGACCGUCACCCCGGGAUCUUCUCCUACGUGCUCAACUACUACCGUACCGGCAAGCUGCACUGCCCCGCGGACAUCUGCGGACCCCUCUUCGAGGAGGAGCUGACCUACUGGGGCAUCGAUGAGACGGACGUGGAGCCCUGUUGCUGGAUGACCUACCGCCAGCAUCGCGAUGCCGAAGAGGCCCUGGACAUCUUCGAGAGUCCCGAGCCCGGCGGAGGGGCCGGUGGAGAGGAGCCUGAAGAGGAAGGGGGUAGGGAGAUGGCCCUUCAACGCCUGGGCAUGGAUGACAGGCCGCCGGGGGCGGCGGGGGCUGCCGGAGGGGGUGGCUGCUGUCGGAAUUGGCAGCCCAGGAUGUGGGCGCUCUUUGAGGAUCCCUACUCCUCCAAGGCGGCAAGGGUAGUUGCUUUCGCCUCACUCUUCUUCAUCCUGGUGUCCAUCACAACCUUCUGCCUGGAGACGCACGAGGCCUUCAACAUCGAUGUCAACGUGACGGAGACCCUCGUGGUUGGCAACACGACGACGAUCCUGCUGACGCAUAAAGUGGAGACGGAGCCCAUCCUCACCUACAUCGAAGGGGUCUGUGUCCUGUGGUUCACCCUCGAGUUCCUGGUUCGCAUAAUCUGCUGUCCAGAUAAGCUUCUCUUCAUUAAAAACCUGCUCAACAUCAUUGACUUUGUGGCCAUCUUGCCCUUCUACCUGGAGGUAGGUCUCAGUGGCCUGUCCUCCAAAGCUGCCCGGGACGUACUGGGCUUCCUACGGGUGGUCCGUUUCGUCCGGAUCCUCCGGAUCUUCAAGCUGACACGGCACUUUGUGGGUCUCCGGGUGCUGGGCCACACGCUCCGGGCCAGCACCAAUGAAUUCCUGCUCCUCAUCAUCUUCCUCGCCUUGGGGGUCUUGAUUUUUGCCACUAUGAUCUACUACGCUGAGCGGAUCGGAGCCAAGACGUCCGACCCCCGCGGGAGCGACCACACUCACUUUAAGAACAUCCCCAUUGGGUUCUGGUGGGCUGUGGUCACGAUGACGACCCUGGGCUACGGCGACAUGUACCCCAAGACCUGGUCGGGCAUGGUGGUGGGGGCUCUCUGCGCGUUGGCUGGGGUGCUCACCAUCGCCAUGCCCGUGCCCGUCAUUGUCAAUAACUUUGGGAUGUACUAUUCGUUGGCCAUGGCCAAGCAGAAGCUGCCAAAGAAGAAGAAAAAGCAUAUACCCCGUCCGGCCCCACUGGACUCCCCUACCUACUGCAAAUCCGAGGAAAACUCCCCCCGUAACAGCACCCAGAGCGACACUUGCCCGUUGGCGGUAGAGGAGGGGGCGGCUGAGCGGAAACGGUCAGACUCUAAGCAGAACGGUGAGGCCAACGUGGUGCUGUCAGACGAGGAGCAGCCGCUGUCACCGACCGAUGAGGAGAAGCGACCCAUGCGGCGCUCCAGCACCCGGGAUAAGAACAAGAAAUCCUCCACGUGCUUCCUGCUGGCCACGGGUGACUUCUCCUGUGCAGCAGAUGGAGGCAUCCAGAAAGGCUAUGGAAAAUCCCGAAGCCUAAGCAGCAUAGAUGGUGUGGCAGGAUCCACGGUGGGCUUGGCUCCCCUCGCGUCCCGCUACAGCUCUCCCUGUCCUCUGCGGCGUCCCUGCUCUCCCGUCCCUUCCAUCCUCUAA